AUGACUUGUUCAAUUCUUCGAUUACCUGCCGAAAUUACGUAUCGAAUACUUGAUCACCUCGAUGAAUCGACACUCAUCUUAUCACUUCGCAAUGUGUGUAAACGAUUAAAUCUCAUUCUUGAUACUUAUUAUCGAUACCAGGUCGUAAGAAAUAUAUUAGUUGAUGAUUUGUUCAACGAUGAUGUCAAUCAAAUUCUAGGUGCAUUAUCUAAAUAUCGACAAUUAUUGAAUAUAGUUGCUAGUUCGAAAAAUCAACAACUGUCAAUUGAAAUUGUCAAUCCCGAUAUAGUUUCCCGUUUGAUUCAAUUAUUAAAUUCUGAACACGAUCAAAUCCAACACGAUGCUUUGUGGGUCUUAUUGAAUAUGGCAGGUGGCUCAUCUCACCACACAAAAUAUUUGGUCAAUGCUGGUGUCAUUCAAAUUUUGAUUGAAUUGAUAAAUAGUCCGAAGGAAAGCAUUCAAGAAAAUGCUAUUUGGACACUAUCAAAUAUCGCUGGAGACGAUUGUCAAUGUCGCGAUUAUGUUCUUAAUGGGGGCGCUCUUCCACCAUUAUUAAAUGUUUUAUCUAAUAGUACGCGUUUACCAACGUUACAAACAGCGGCAUGGUGUUUAUUAAAUCUAUGUCGUGGCACAAGUCCAUCCGUUGAUGUUACUAAAGUUGAAUCAGUUGUGCCUAUGUUGAAUCAUUUACUUGCUAAUUCAGAUGAAUUUGUAUUAAAUGACAUUUGUUUUGCAUUAAGCUAUUUAUGUCAACUAUCAAAUGAAAUACUUUCAGCGAUUAUACAAGUUGGUGUGAUACCUCGACUAGUAGAAUUACUCGAACAUAUCACUUUUCGAGUUCAACUGGCAGCUUUGUCUGCUCUAAAAGAAAUUCUUGGUGGCAAUGAGGAACAAAUACAGAUUGUACUUGAUGCUGGUGUUCUUCCUCAUUUACUUAGAUUAUCUUACAAUCGUAGAACAUUGACCGAAGAAGCCCUUUAUGAUGCUAUAAUCAAUAUUACUCGCGGUAAUGAAAGUCAAAUUCAAGCAGUUAUUGAUGUGGGAAUACUUUCGAUACUGAUUGGUCGUAGCCCUGAUAAUACAAAUGAGAAAAUACAAAAGAAAGCUGUUCGUGUGAUAUAUAAUGUUACACGUCUAUCAUCAGAACAAACAAAAUAUGUCGUUGAUCAAGGAGCAAUUCCAAUGUUGUGUUUUCAAUUAAAUACACAAACAAGUGACAUCGUUUUGAUGAGUUUAGAAAAUAUUCUUCAAUGGGGAGCAAAAGAAAGUCAACAAACGAAUAAACAUAAUCCAUAUGCAAUUAUAAUGAAAGAUUUACAUGCUUUGAAAGAUAUUGAAACGCUUCGAACUCAUGCGGAUAUUGAAAUUGCGACGAAAUCUUCUCGACUAAUUCAAACAUACUUUAAUGGUUUAUGA